AUGUUUUGCAAAUUGGGUGGCCAGUUGGCUCGUCAGCAGUCGGUGAGACACUAUGCUACUUUGAAAGAAGUGGAAAUGCGUUUGAAGUCGAUCAAGAAUAUUGAAAAGAUUACCAAGACGAUGAAGAUUGUUGCUUCUACCAGGUUGAGCAAGGCUGAAAAGGCAAAGAACACCGCGAAGGUGUUCGAUUCUGCAGACGGACAGUUUUACAAAAACGCAGAAACGAAGGCGUUGGAGCAGCAGCCGGAGCAGAAGGAGCUGGUGAUUGCGAUCACUUCCGACAAGGGUCUUUGUGGGUCGAUCCACUCGCAAUUGGCGAAGGCGGUGAGAAAACACCUGGAGGGAUCGCCUAGUGCGGAUGUUGUGGCGAUUGGCGACAAGAUUAAGGCGCAGUUGGUGAGAACUCACGCGUCUAACGUCAAGUUUGCCGUGAGCGGGAUCGGUAAGGAGGCUCCUACGUUCUUGGAGUCGGCAGCGAUCGCGGAGAAGCUGUUGGGGCUGGGUGCUGGGAGCUACCCAAAGAUCUCGAUCUUUUACAACGAUCCCGUGAGCUCGAUCUCGUUCGAGCCAAAGAUCAAACCGGUGUACAACGCUGAGACGAUUGCCGAGUCGCCAGGGUACAGCAAGUUCGAGAUCGACACGGAUGCAAACGUGCCCACGGAUCUGUUCGAGUACACGCUGGCCAACAAGAUCUUGACUGCGAUGGCGGAGGGCUACGCCGCAGAGAUCUCUGCGAGAAGAAACGCGAUGGAUAACGCCUCGAAGAACGCCGGUGACAUGAUCAACAGGUACUCGAUCCUGUACAACAGAACAAGACAAGCAGUCAUCACCAACGAGUUGGUCGAUAUCAUCACUGGUGCCUCCUCGUUGAAUUGA